CGAAUCUGGAACGACAUCUUUUCCCAAGAGGUAGCUAUGGAACUGUCCAAGUCGACACAACGUAAUCUCUUACAAUUUUUGCUUAAUGAUUCGGGCAACCCUUGAUAAUAAGAUAUUCAAUUCCAGAUGAGCAGCAUUAGUCCUUGUUAAAACUAGGACUUCGUCACUCCCGACUUGAGCUAAACUCUGUAUUAUGAAAUCUGACUGCACUAAAUAAUCCCUUAGACCAAAUUCAGUCACCAGUUCUGGCUAUGGACAGAGAAAUAUGGAAUCUGUCGCCAAAUUCAUUAAAGAAAAUUACAUGAAUUUAUUUUAAACGCGCGAAUUACAAACCUUUCUGUGUCUUGCUACUCGUUCAUGACAUAUAACAAUGUUUCCUUUGAUGUGGCUAUAUUUUGUGGUAGAUGUCACUGUCCUAAGAACAGCUGCAAGUAUACAGAUAGAACAAAGGUACCAAGUUGAUCUCGUUGAGGGACUUCGAGUUUUCAACGCUACUUACACAGGGCUAACUGUAGUUGAAGGUUUUCAUAAGUUAACUCCAGCAGUCAAGCUAACAGGAGUCUCUAGGCAACUUCUCCUGCCACAAGAAAUUUUCAGCAAGGCAGCUGGACUUCUUGCUACAAGUAACGAGUUCACAUUCAUGGUUACACUUAAGCAAGAGAGGAGAAACACGGGGACAUUGUUUGGAUUUUCGGAUGGAAACGACAGGUUUCUGGAAAUACAGAGCAGUGGACGAAAAGACGAAAUACGACUGCAUUAUACCAACAAUAAUAUGAUUUAUGUAGAAACAUUUCCUUACCGCUUAGCUGAUGACAAAUGGCACCAGGUGGCCUUGUCCGUUAGUGGCAAUGCUGUCGAUUUAUUUGUAGACUGUAAUCGUAUUUAUAAACGGGUAAUAUCUGAUGUUGAUCGAAAUAUUUCUUCAAGAAACACCUCGUUGUGGCUUGGGCAAAGAACUUCUCACCAGUUUCUAUUUCAGGGAAUUUUGCAAGAUGCCAAAAUUAUUGGAAAAUCUCAUGGAUAUAUUGUACAGUGUCCUCAUCUUGAUACAGACUGUCCGACUUGUGGCCAGUUCAGAAUGUUACAGAUGUCGGUCCUGAACUUGGAAAAUUAUAUGAAAACAUUAGCAGAAAAAUUAGCCCAAGCAGAAAAGAGGCUUUCAGCUGUAGAAGAAUGCGAAUGUCGAAAAAACUGUCAUGUGAAUGGAAGUAUUCGUCUGGACGGCUCCUCAUGGGAAAUCGGCUGUGAAAUCUGCUCAUGUGUGAAGGGAAACAGUACGUGCCACCGUAAGUCCUGUAAUCCAGUACUAUGUAAAAAUCCUGUUCAACUUCCAGGACAAUGUUGUCCCACGUGUUUGAAGAAGUGCCUAAUUGAUGGAAAGCUGUACGACCAUGGAGACGAAGAGAACCGAAGACCAUGUCAGAGAUGCUAUUGCAAUAAUGGCAACAUGAACUGCGAAAAGCUUCAGAAAUGUCCACCAUUGCCUUGUCCAGUUGAAGAUUAUAUUUAUGUCGAAGGGAAAUGUUGUCCAACUUGUAAAGACACAGACUACUGCUCACAGGGUCAUGACUGUCACAUUAAUGCCACCUGUUUUAACCUUCAUACAAACUACACGUGCUACUGUAAAGAAGGAUACCAGGGAAAUGGAAGAGACUGUAAAGAUGUGGAUGAAUGCCUCCAGAAUGGCGGACACAAAGGACACUAUUGCAGAGAAAACACUAGGUGUGUUAACUUACCUAGCACUUAUUCUUGUGAGUGUCUUCCUGGUUACAAACGAGAAGAUGAUUACUACUGUGCAGACGAGGACGAAUGUGUUAUUGGUCGACACAGUUGUGAUGUAAAUGCCAUUUGCAAGAACACAGAAGGAAGCUACCAGUGCCAGUGUAUAGAGGGAUACGUCGGGAAUGGACUUUCCUGCAAACCUGUGUGUAAUGAGACCUGUUUGAACGGUGGUCAGUGUGUAGCACCAGGGAUCUGCUCAUGUCGUCAAGGUUACACGGGUCCCAGUUGUGAGCUUGAUAUUGAUGAGUGUAACUUGGAAAUCCACCAAUGUCAUCCUAACUCAGAAUGUAUUAAUAUGCCCGGAUGGUACUACUGCCUCUGUCGACCAGGUUAUGAGAACAAACUAACUGACAAUUAUCGUGGCGUUAUGUGUCAAGAUAUCAACGAAUGCACCAGUAACUCGCAUACAUGCCACCAUUCAACUGUCUGUGUCAAUAAAGAAGGAGGUUAUAAGUGUGACUGUAAAGAAAAUUCUACGUGUUCCCUAAAUUGUAUGUAUUAUGGAACCGAAACACGAGAUGGCGAGACUUGGUUAGCAGCAGAAUCGACUUGCACAGAGUGCUCGUGUAAUAGUGGUGUUGUCACGUGCCAGAAACAGACGUGUGAUUGUAGCAGGACUGACAUUGAUCUAGGGUGCUGCCCGCAGUGUGACGUCACGACUUUCUGUCGUCAUCAGGAAGUGCCAAGAAUAUUUCGUAAUGGAGAACGCUGGGUUUAUCAGUGUCAAGUUUGCGAAUGUUUAUUUGGAGAGGUUGACUGCUGGGAGCAAGAGUGUCCACCGGUGACGUGUAAUCAUCCCGUUAGAUACGACGAUGACUGUUGCCUCCGUUGUAAAGAUGAUGUUUGCAGUUCGAAAACUUUCACUAGUGAUGAAAGCAGUGGUAAUGUCACAACAAAUGUCUACCACGGUCGAGGCUGUACGUACAACGGACAGUUGUAUCAGUUAAGGGUACCAGUCCUUGCCAAUCGUGACCCCUGUAUCUCCUGCAACUACGAGGGUAAGAACACCCAACGCUUGGUGAGCAGUAAGGCCUAUAGAUCACUUGGGCCGGACAGCUGUGCUGCGUGUAAGCUUCUAAUUGUAAUGACAAGUCUAUUAGCAACAGCAAUUUUACCCCUACGGACAGACAUAAGCACAUCAAGUAAAGUUUUCUACAUGAGUCUUACCCAUACCUUCUCAAAACCAAAGCAAUGGAUAUGGAAUAUUGUGCGGUAUCGUGAGCGAAAUAUCCUAACACCAAAAAAACUCCAACAUGUUGAAGGCCAAACAUACAUUCCUCAUUCACAGACCUAGGACCAAAAUGUAGAGACUCCCAAAAGAAAGAACUCGAGUAGUAGUUAGGGGGGAAUGUUGAUGAUAAUAGAAACCACGACAUCAAUAUGAUGUAGACUGUGUACCAGAAGACAGCGCAGUACUAAAUGGGUUACUAUUUUGUGUGUGAGUGUUAUUCAUGGAACAAAGAGUAAUGAAUUAGAAGUAAGUAAGUAAUAAUAGAUAGAAACGUGGAUGAGUUAAAAGUCAUAGUUUUACCUGCAGCUCACAACCAGCAUUUUCUCUGACUUGCUCAGAUGUUGAAAAGAAUGUUUGGAGAAAACCACAUUUUAUUGAUAUAAUGCUAAACAAUUGAUAUUGUGGCAUAUUCGAAGAUAAUUUAUAUUGUUUCUCUUGUGUGGUGAUAUUUAAAAUGUACAGAGUUUUGGGUGUCAUUCAAAUAUUAUCGUCUCCAGCAGGAUGUAUAAGCGUUUUGCAGAUAUUUAUUUUAAACAUUUACUUUGGGAAACACUGUAUAAUAAUGAUGACUGAAGAAUGUAAAAGGGUUGUUAACUGUGGCUAGUAUUACUUGUUACACACUGAGCUGUAAAUUUCUAUAUACAAGUGUGUGUACAUAAGAACUGUUGACUGAUACCCUGUUUGUUGUAUUUAAUGUAUCUCCUAUAUUUUCUCUAACUUACAUUUACCAUGAUUGUAAUUGUGUAAAAAAACAUAUGUAUAUUAUGUGAGUAAUUCAGGCUUUAUUUUAAGUAAGUGUAUAGACAGAUUUAAG